AUGAAUCUUUCAUUUGCAGCCACAUCGUUUCCGGAUGACCCUUUGAUUGCAAAGGUUUUGGUUGAUGCAGCUUCAAACAUCACAGCCUUCGACAUUGAACCUGCCUCCAUUACUGUGGUUGACCCACACAACAGCAGCACCUACAACUGUCGCUCUAACAACUGCUGCACCCACAACAGCAGCACCUGCAACUGCUGCACCCACAACUACAGCACCUACAACAGCUGCUCCGACAACAGCAACACCUACAACUGCUGCUCUAAAAACUGCUUCACUGACAACUGCUGCACCGACAACAGCAGCACCUACAACUGCUGCUCUAACAACUGCUUCACCCACAACUGCUGCACCGAGAACAGCAGCCCCUAUAACAGCAGCACCUACAACUGCUGCACCCACAACAGCAGCACCUACAACUUCUGCUCUAACAAUUGCUGCACGGACAACUGCUUCACCCACAACUGCUUCACCGACAACUGCUGCACCCACAACCGAAGCACCCACAACUGCUGCACCAACAACUGCUGCUCCAACAACUGCUUAUACGUUCAUCUACCGCACAACAACAACUAUAGCCCCGAUAGUUAUCCUGACCUCUGCAGAAAAAACUACGCCUGCUGUGAGCACAACUGCACUUGCUGCAACUACCGCUACCAUUGCUGCAACUACAAGGGCUUCUACAACUACCAGUGCUCCGAAUACGACUAUCAUUGCUGCAACUACAAAGGCUGCUACAACUACAACUACCAGUGCUGCAACUACAAGGGCUGCUACAACUACAACUACCAGUGCUCCAACUACAACUGUCAUUGCUGCAACUAA